AUGCUUUCGUCCGUCGCGUCGACGCGUUCACUUUUCGUCGCUCAUCACGCCGCUCCGCUCGCCUCCCCGCCCUUCCGCGCGCGCAGGAGAAAACCACUGUCGACCGCGAACCGCGGCCCGAGCCCGACGGGAACGUGCUACGACAUCGUCACCGGCGUCGCCGUCGCGGAGACGAGCGAUUCGCUGAGUAAACGCCCGCGGUCGGUCGCGAACGAGAGCCAGGGCAGCGGCGACGUCCCCGCGCCGCCGCCGCUUCGGGGACCGCGGCGCAGCUUCUCGGAGACGCCGUCCUCGGACGAGAAAGCGGCGCUCAUCGACGCGUAUCUCGCGGGUGAGCAGUACGUCGAAGCCGUGGAGACGUGGGAAAACAUAGGGAGCAAGGAGUGGGCGGAGGCGGAGGCGGCGAGACGAGCCGCGAGCGUAGGCGCGACGGCGACGGCGACGGCGACGGCGACGGUCGUCGCCCCGACGUCGGCGGCGGCGACGGCGAUGGACGAUAAGAAAACAACUGUCGUCGUCGCGGGGCCGCACCACGCCGCCGUCGCGGAGCUCCUGAACGGCGACUUCGACAUCGACGAGGCGAUGUCGCCGAUCGGAUGCAAAGCCGCGCCGCUUCGACCGACGCGGGGGACGGGGACGGCGCCGGGAGGAGGGCGAGCGCGCGGCUUCGUCGCCGCCGCCGUGGCGGCGGCGGCGGCGGCCCCGCGCGGCGCGCGCGAGAGCGUCCUCGCGCCGCGGUAUUUGUCCUACGGCGCGGGGCGAGAGAGCGCGAGCGCGGGCGGCGCGGGGUCGACGCCGUCGCCUCGAGAGGCGUCGUCGCUCGCGCCGUCGGCGAGGACGACCGCGCCGCCGGCGCCUCCGCCGCCGCGUCAUCGUCCUCCUCCCCAUCCCCCUCCCGAUGCGGAGACGUCGAUGACGUCGCAGGGGCUCCCCGAGCCGGUCGUGGAGUAUUACCGCGACGAGAAGAACAUCACGAGGUUGCACGCGUGGCAGGCGGAGUGCCUCUCGACGCCGGGCGUGUCCGACGGCGGCAAGAACCUGGUGUACUGCGCGCCCACGAGCGGAGGGAAGUCGAUCGUCGCGGAUAUACUUCUCAUGAAACGCCUCGUCGCUGACGGUUUCGGCGGGAAGCGUCGCGAGAAGAACGCCGUCGCCGCCGACCGCGGCGGCAACCUCGCGAUCAUCGUCCUCCCGUUUAUCUCCCUGUGCGACGAACGCGCGAACGAGCUCGCGAAACUCCUGAAGUUGAUACACGUCGACGUGAAGCGGUUCUACGGCGGCAGAGGCGGCGCGCUGCCGCCGCGAGACUCGAAAGAGCGCGUCCUCCUCGUGUGCACCCCGGAGAAGGCGAACGACGUCGUCUCGAAACUCAUCGAGGACGACCGCGUGCGCGACCUCGCCGCCGUCGUCGUGGACGAGCUGCACAUGGUCCAAGACGAAUCCCGCGGCAGCACGCUGGAACUGAUGCUCACGAAGCUCCUGUUCGCGUCGUCGAAAGCCGCGGCGGCGGCGAUCGCGGCGGAGAACGUGAGCCCGAGCUCGGACGGCGGCGACGGCGGGAAGGGCGCGGGAUCGAGAGAGCCGCUGAGCGCGAGCAGCCGCGGGAGUAAAUCCGCGGCGGCGGCGGCGGCGGCGGCGAAGCGAACGCCGCAGAUCAUCGGCAUGAGCGCGACGCUGCCGAACGUCGACGGCCUCGCGAAGUGGCUCGACGACGCCGCGCUGUACGUCACGGACUACAGGCCCGUCGCGCUGCGGUUGUCGAUCAAGCUCGGAAGCGACGUGUAUCCUUUACCGAGUCGCGAGGAGGAGGUGGAGGACGGCGAAGACGACGACGUCUUGAGCGAGCGAAGGAAAGUAUCGCUGAAGGACGGCGACGACGCGUCGCACGUCGCGCAGCUCGCGCAGGAGACGAUGGACCGCGGCGCCGUCGGCGGUGGCGUCAUCGUGUUCUGCAGCGCGAAGUUUCAGUGCGAGGUCAUGGCGCGGAUGCUCUCGAAGAAGCUGCGGGUCGACGCGGACGCGCGCGCUUCCGACGGGCUCGAUCGAAUUUCCGCGUCGUUGCGAAACGUCAACCCCAACGCGACAGACACCGCGAACCGUCCGGCGCUCGCGACGACGGUCGCAAACGGCGUCGCGUGGCACCACGCCGCGCUACACGCGGAGGAGAAGCGGCUGGUCGAGGACGGGUUCCGAUCGGGCGCGAUCAGAGUGAUUUGCUGCACGUCCACGAUGGCCGCCGGGGUGAACCUCCCGGCGUCGCGCGUGAUCAUCGCGCACCCGUACAUUUACCGCCAGAAGCCCGCGCGGCACGCGCUGUUGUCCUCGCGCGACUUGAAGCAAGCCGCGGGGCGCGCGGGGAGAGCCGGACUCGCGGACCGCGGCGAGGCGUUCGUUGUCGUGCCAGAGCCGAGCGAGAUCGAUUGCGACUUUGCCGCCGGCGGCGGCGGCGGCGGCGGCGGCGGGAAAUCGAAAGCAAAGUCCAAAGCCGCGCUCGCGCGCGAGCUCGCGCGGCGACUCCUCUCCGAAGGCGACGCGCUGUCGUCCACGAUCGCGGGCGAGCGCAUGCGACGCGUCAUGCUCGAAGCGCUCGCGGGAGGGCUCGUGAAAUCCGCGCGCGACGUGCAGUGCUACAUUCAGUGCACGCUUUUAAACGCGUUGAACGAUUUCCAAGAAGUCACCGCGCGCGGCGCGAAGGACGCGCUCGCGUGGCUCGCGCAGAGAGGGUUCAUGUCCUGGAACGAGAAGACGGCGGAGUACACGCCGUCUCCGCUCGGGCGCGCCGCGGCCGCGGGCCGGUUCGAGCCGGACGAGGCCGCCGCGGUCGUGGACGUCGUCAAACGCGCGCGUCGGGGGUUAAACCUCGAGAGCGACUUGCACUUGCUGUUUCUGUGCGUUCCGCCGGACCCGCCCGCGCCGAUGGACGUCGACGCGGACGGCGGCGGCGGCGGCGCGAGAGCGGCGAAGGACGAUCCGCUGUCUCCCGCGUCGAUCGUCGCGGCGAGGAAUAAGCCCGUGGCGCCUCCGAAGACGGACACGACGUGUCGGCUGAACCCCACGGCGUUCGUCUCCGUGUACGAUAACCUCACGGAGCACGAGCACGACGUCGCGACGAGAUGCGGCGUGCUGGACUCCUACGCGAGGCAACUGAAGAUGAGCAAGCGCGAUAAGACGCCCGAAGACCGAGCGUCGCGCCGCGUCUGUCACCGCUUCAUGAAAGCGUUGCAGCUGAGAGACCUCGUCGCCGAACGCGACGUCGCGGACAUCGCGCGCGCGUUUUCGGAAAAUGGCAAAGACGCGAACGUGAACGGCUUCGCUUCGUACCUCGCGCAGCUGCAAGAGCAGGCCGUGCGGUACGCCGGGCAGGUCGCGGCGCUGUGCGGGCCCAUGGGCUGGGGCGACGUGGAGGUUUUACUCGCCCGCCUUCAAGAUCGAAUCGCCGCCGGCGCGCGCGAGGAAAUCGUGAGCCUCACCCAAAUUCCGAUGAUAAGCGCCGGGAGAGCGCGCGCGCUGUACAACGCCGGCUACCGCUCCCCCGAGGCGAUCCUCCGUCUGGACCAGAAGAAGCUCGCCGGCGUGCUGAAACAGUGCCGCGGCGCGCGCGGCGGGGAGAUGAAGGCCGCGGCGAUCAUCUUACGAGGCGCGCGGGCGUUGUGCGCGGAGGCUCGUCGACUCGCGAGGGAAGAGUCCGAGGCGAAGCUAAAGGAGCUCGAGGCGUUGCCUGCGAUCGACGCCGACGCCGACGCCGACGCGGCCGUGGACGACGACGACGACGCGGAGGCGGAGGAGGCGAUGCGAGAGGUUGACGUCGCGGACCUCCUUCGGUCCGCGUCGUCGUUUGAUCUCGAACGCGCGCGCGGAUGCGUCGUCGUGCGCGACGCCGUCGCCGUCGACGCGUUGCACGCGCGCUGGUCUUCCUCGGAGUUUUACGCGUUCGUGCUUCAGCCGAGCGCGAAGCGCGAUGCCCCGCCGGUCGGGAUCGCGCUGUCGUUUCCUUUCAACCCGCUCGCGGUGUUCUACGCGCCGAUCGUGCACGGCGCCGGCGGCGGCGGCGCCACGCGCGGGCUGCCGUGGACGCGCGUGCGCGACGUCCUCUCGCGCUCGGGCGUCGGGAAAGUCACCGUGGAUUUAAAGCCGCAGCUUCGCGCGAUGGGCGCGGGCGCGACGAUCGCGGCGCCGGUCGUGGACGUGAAGAUCGCCGCGUGGGUGUUACAUCCCGACGAGGAGCUCCUUAAGUAUUCUUCUCAGACCGGGUGGGAUGCCCUGAACGCGGUCGACCCCGAUCGCGCGCGCGGGCCGUGCGCGGGGAUGUUGGAACGGUUCGCCGGCGACGUCGACGCGGAUGCGAUUCGCGCGGCGUCCAAGUGGCGGGGGCCGAGGGCGACCGCGGACGGCGUCAACGCCGGCGGCGCGAACGCGGCGUUCGCCGUCGCGUCCGCGCUCUCGCUCGACGCGCUCGUGCGCGCGAAGCUCGCGGACCCGCGCGCGCCGAGCGGGCUCGAGGACGCGUUACGCGCGAUCGAGAUGCCGCUCGUCCCGGUGUUGGCGUCGAUGGAGCGCGCGGGCGUCGCGUUCGCGCCGGCGACGCUCUCGCGGCAGCUGCGUCGCGCGACGAAACGCGUGCGCGAGAUCGAGACCGAGGCGGUCGCCGUCGUCGCGACGCACUUCGCGUGCCGCCACCCCGGGAUGGCGCCGCCGGAGUUUAACCUCGCGAGCUCGGACGACGUCGCGCGCGUGCUGUUCGACGCGCCGCCGGCGGGCCUGGGCGCCGAGCCGCCGCGCGGCGCCAAGCCGACGGCGGCGCGCGGACGGCGGAGCACGCGCCAGGACGAUUUACUCGCGCUCGUUCGCGAGCAGGGGGGACCCAUCGCGGCGUUCCCGAAGCUCGUGCUCGAGCAUCGGUCCCUGCGCAAGCUUCUCGACGAGGCGAACGAGUUUGGACGGCUCGCGAAGAGCGAGCUCGGCGGCGACGCGGCGGCGGCGGCGGACGAAUCCGUCACGAUUCGUCUCCGCGGCGUCAUCCAUCAGACGAACACCGGGACCGGGCGCCUCGCGAUGGAGGACCCAAACUUACAGUGCGUCCCGCGGCCGAGGGAGUUCGCGCUGUCUCGCGCGUACCCCGAGCGUCUCAGCGCGAGCGGGCGCGUGAGCCCCGGGACGGACGCCGGAGCGGAGGAGACGCUCGCGAUUCGAAACGCGUUUCGAGCGCCUCGCGGGAAGAAGCUCAUCGCGUUCGAUUACAAGCAGAUCGAGCUCAGGGUCAUCGCGCACCUUUCUUGCGACCGCGGGUUGAUCGCCGCGCUGUGCGUGCGAAGCGUGGAUCCGUUCAAGGUGAUCGCCGCGCGAUGGAAAGGCGACGGGACGACGCCGAAGAACGUGUCGGACGAGGACCGAGCCAAGGCGAAGGAGCUGUGUUACGGGAUUUGCUACGGCGCCGGCGUCGGGAGAUACCAGCAAGCGAUGGGGGUGACCGAGCUCGAGGCGCGCGCCGCGAUCGAGGACUUCAAGCGCUCGCUCCCCGGGGUCGAGCGCUGGAAGUCCGCGCUCGUGAAGGACGCGCGCGAGCGGACGCCGCCGCACGUUCGGACGAUCGCCGGGCGAUGUCGUUUUUUGCCGUCGCUGAACGCGACGGGCGCGGGCGGGGAAAUCCGAGCCGCGGACGAGCGCAAGGCGAUAAACACCGCGUGCCAAGGCUCCGCGGCGGACAUCGUGAAGCGGGUCAUGAUCGAGCUGCACGCGAAGCUCACGAGCGGCGGCGGCGCCGACGACGACGACGAGUGGGCGCCGUUGCGAGAAGUGGACGCGUGCGAGAUGGUGUUACAGGUGCACGACGAGCUUCUGUUUGAGGUGGACGAGCGCAAGGUUGACGUCGCGGUGCGCGCCAUCAGAGGCGUGAUGGAGCGCGCGCGCGAGGUGCACGACAUGAAGGUGCCGCUGCCCGUGCGCGUCAGCGUCGGGGACGACUGGGGGCGACUCCGGGAGGUGAACGGAUGA